ACGGUUUGUCAAAGGUUUUCGAUAAUUUCCCGCCAUCCACCUCCUGCCCGCAGUGAACGGCCCAUUCCCUCAACCCCCAUUUUCAACCCCAGUCACGUGUCCAGGGGACUUCCCCCUCGAUAUAACAGAAUCUGUGAUCUAGCCAUAAGCCAUGGAGCUCGAAAGCGGACAGAAGGUCGGUGAGAUAUUCACGGCGGCUGGUGCAGCGUUCAACAAACUGGGCGAGCUAACCAUGCAAUUACACCCCACGACAGACUCACCGGCAGGUAAAUGGACCGACGAGGAAAUUGAGAUGCUUCGUCAUUCUGUUAAAAAGUUCAGCGAAGAUUUGAAUAAAAUUAGUGAGCACAUCAAGGGGAGAACAGUAUCACAAAUACGAACGACGCUGAAGAAAAAAGCCUUCGAAGAAGCUGGGGUACCCAUAAGACAACAGCAAGUUAUAUCUCAACAACAGACUGUUCAGCAAAGCGGAGGUGGCGGGGCUCAGCAACAACAGGUACAAUCACAAAAACAGCAGCAGGCGACAGGUAACCAAGGAAUGAUGGGGAAAUCUGCAGAAGUUACAUUAAAUAUGUUGAAUGCACCAGAAUCAGAAGUUGACGUUGAAGGGUUACCCGAAGAAUGUCAGGUGAAAUUAGAAUUCGAAGGAGCGACAGAGGAGGUCGCACCGUAGAAUAAGAUUUUGUGUACACAGAGUACUGUUAUAAAAUAUUUUAUUAUUGUAUAUCGACGAGAGCUAUCUGAUUUCUGUGAUGUUCAAAAAAGUGAGAGGAAAAAGCAAAAACCGUUUUUCACAGACUACCAUUAUGUUGUAUCGGUAUUCAUUUUAAGUUGUUGAGUAUCACGAUACCAUUGUAAUACUUAGUAAAUUCCAAAAUCGUAAGGAAUUCUUUUCAAUAAAAAAACAAAUUUUCUAA